CUUUAUCUCUGUAAUCUGUAAUCUGUAAUCUGUAAUCUCCGGAAGCCCUUCUUCCACUCAUGUGUCAAAUUAAACACAAUCCACAUUUCCACACCGGAACUAUUUGAUUGAUCUCCAUCUCACUUAAUUUUUUUUUUUUUUGAUUUCCUCUACUUCUUAACCCAACUGGGUGUUGCAUGCAUGCAUUGUCUUCAGCCAUGGUUUUAAAGAAACUAGAGCAGUUUUUCUCACCAAAAAGAAACUUAAUUUCUGGGUUUGUUUUGGGAAUUGGAGUCUCUCUCAUUGUACUAAUUUUUGUGAGCAACUCCUUAAAGAGUAGUAGUCCUACUCCUACAGUAGAGGAACAGGGGUUUUAUAUUGUUUCUGUAAAUUCCUCUUUUGUUUCAACUACUGCACAUUCCAUUGCCCCAGAAUUGCAGAGUUCUACUGGAGAAUCAAAUGAGUCUGUAAUUGCAUUAAUAGACGAAAAAUUUGUGGAGGGCAAUGAGAAUGGUACGAUGGUCUUCGAGAAGGCCCAGUUGGGAAAUAUUACAGAGGAAGUUGACGAUAGAAUAAGCUUUUGGGUUGAAGAAGAAGGUGUCCAACUGAAAGAUGAUAGCUUUGAUUCAUAUGGGGAAGGAAGUGUUCUAGGGAUUGCCCAGUUGGGGAAUGUUACAGAGCAAGUGAAAGGUGAAAGCUUAGGGAUUGAAGAAGGAAGUGUUCGACAAAAAGAUGGCAACUUUGAUUCAAACGGUGAAGGAGGGAUUGCCCAUUUGGGGAAUUCCUCUCAGAUUUUGGAAUUUGGAAGAUUGCAUGGUGCAGGUGGGAAAGCAACGGGGAAAUCAAGCGUUGCUGGCAAAGAGGAAAACGUUGAAGCUUGUUUGAAAAACAAUUCUAGGAGUGGGAAUGGCAUGGUCACAGAAGAUGUAAAAAAUGAAAUUAUUGGCUUUGAUUCUCAAACUUGGGAAAUGCAGAGUGAUGAUGACUCUGAUCAGAAAUGUGAUAUUUAUGAUGGUAAAUGGGUAAGGGAUGAUUCAAUGCCAUACUAUCCUGGAGGUUCUUGUCCGCACAUUGAUAGGGAUUUUAAUUGUCACCUCAAUCGGAGGCCGGACGAUGAGUUUUUAAAAUGGAAAUGGCAGCCAUAUGGGUGCGACAUCUCAAGUCUGAAUGCAACUGAUUUUCUGGAGAGGUUGAGGGGAAAGAGGCUGGUUUUUGUGGGAGAUUCGCUGAAUAGGAACAUGUGGGAGUCUCUGGUGUGCAUUCUACGCCACACCGUCCGACACAAGAAUAGAGUUUAUGAGCUUUCAGGAAAGUCGCAAUUUAAGAAGAGGGGCAUUUAUUCAUUCAAGUUUGAGGAAUACGAUUGUUUUGUGGAAUAUGUUGGUUCACCAUUCCUUGUUAGGCAAUCAUCAUUCGCCGGUAAAGAGACCUUGAGGUUGGAUUUGAUGGACCAGACCACAUCGAAGUAUCGUGAUGCUGAUAUUAUAGUUUUCAACACUGCCCACUGGUGGAAUUACUGGAAAACAGCUAGAGGACUACACUAUUACCAAGAAGGCAACUAUGUGCACCCAAGGCUAAAGGCUCUUGAAGCAUACAAGAGAGCUCUCACCACUUGGGCUAGAUGGGUGGACAUGAACAUCAAUCCCAACCGGACUCGGGUUUUCUUCCGAGGAUAUGCAUAUACCCAUUACAGUAAUGGGCAAUGGAACUCAGGAGGACAUUGCCACAAAGAAACAGAACCAAUCUUUAACGAAGCUCAUUUAUCGAAGUAUCCUUCGAAAAUGAGAACUGUAGAGUCUGUACUUCAAGGAAUGAAAACUCCGGUGACGUAUUUAAACAUAAGUAGGCUUACUGAUUACAGAAAAGAUGCCCACCCUUCCAUUUACAGAAUGGAAUACAAGACAAAAGAAGAAGAAAUUGCUGCUGAACGAUCUCAGGAUUGCAACCAUUGGUGCUUGCCGGGGGUUCCGGAUACUUGGAACGAAUUGCUAUAUGCUUCGCUUUUGAAGGACGGAUGGGAAUCAGGGCAAAAAUGAACUAUCUUUACCAACAUAUAACUGCUCGCCAGAAAAAAAUUUAGGGGAGUGAAAAUUCACACUCUUUUAUGUAAUCUACACUUCCUUAAUUCACUAGUUAUAUUAAAUAUUUCCAGGGCGAUUGGUUACAUU